AUGUUAAUAUUACUGCAGAUUUCAAGGAAUUUUGGGGAGGGAAAGAUGCCUUUUGAAGAAUAUGUAUUUUCUUUAAAGGAUGUAGUUGGCAUUGGCUUUCUUAUAGCCUCAGUAGGUAUUGGAAAAGGGAAGCAAGAUCUCACUGGCACUGCUGUUGAGCCAACAAAGACCAACAUCUUCUCUGUUCGCCCUGAAAUACCAAUUGGCAAGGCUUGCUCUUCUCUUACAUCUUCAGAUAUAAUCAAGUUUCUCACAGGAGAUUUUAGGUUAAGCAAAGCUCGAUCAAGUGAUCUCUUCUGGGAAGCUGUUUGGCCUCGACUUUUAGCAAAAGGUUGGCAUUCUGAACAGCCUAAAGAUCAAGUUGUUUCUGGAUCAAAACAGUCUUUGGUUUUUCUUGUACCAGAUGUAAAGAAAUUUUCAAGAAGGAAACUGGUAAAAGGUAACCACUACUUUGAUUCUAUAAGUGAUGUAUUGAACAAAGUAGCUUCUGACCCUGGGCUUCUUGAGACUGAAAGUCAAGCAACGACUGAGUGUAGUGUAGAUAGAGAAAAAACACCAGUCAAACGAGACCUAGAGGGGGUGUCAUGCGGGCAACAAGUUCAGUACCUUCAAUCUCAUAGUUCAAAGAGCAAUCAAGAUCUCACGAAAUUUACAAUUGUAGAUACCAGCAUGGUUCAUGAUAUGAAUCAACGUAAAGUGAGACAGAUGAGAAGCUUGCCGUUUCAAACCACAAAUAUAUCUACCAUCUCAAGCUGCUCUAGUGAAUCUGAGCAAGAUACAACUGAAGAAUCAGAAGAUCGGGUUCAAAAAGAUAAUGCUUUGAGUCCUAUCAAAGAUCAGGUUGAACAAGAUAAUGCUUCAAAUGCUAUUGAAAAUCGGGUUGAACAAGCUCAUGUGUCAAGUUCUAUUGAUGAAUGGGUUGAACAAGCUCAUGUUUCACGCCCUAUGGAAGAUCGGGUUGAACAAGCUCAUGCUUCAAGCCCUGUUGAAGAUCAAUGUGAACAAGCUAAUUCUUUGUAUCCUAUUGAAGUUCAGGUUGAACAAGCUAACUCCUCAAACCCUUUUGAAGAAUUCUCUGCUAAGCGGUUGUGCAUAAACUCAUCAGAUUGUACUCAUAUUCCCGAGGCCCUCAACACGACCAAAGAAGGAAAAUAUCAUAGAUUUCAUUCUGAUUUGCAUAUUGAUGAGCAUUCAAGGGAGAUCAAUGAGCAUCCCUAUAUUCAAAAGAUGACAUCCGAUUGUGCAAUUCCCUGCAUGGCGACAAUGCAGAAGUUAAGAGCUUGUAACCAUGGAGAAUUCAGCCACUGCCCUGAAAGUACUUCUGUGGAAAGAAAUUUUGAUUUAAAUGAGCCAAUCUUACCAUCAAAUCUGCAUGAAGCAUCUGAGAGCAUGGUUUUUUCUGUGGGUUUAGAAAAUUUGUCUUCACCAAAUUAUCUGUCUAAAGACAGUUUGAACAUGAGCCAUGAAGGCAGUGUCACUGAGAACAACCCGGUUAGAGAAGUUUCUGCAGAAAGUUCUGAAACCAGGAUGUUGAUUGACUUAAAUUAUCCUCAAGUUGCACCUGAUUUAGGGCUUGGAAUGGAAAUACCAUCCUCUGGGGCCAUACUGCAACAUGAUAAUCAAUGUGGAAAUACAUCAUAUUCUCCAUCUGAGAUAACCCAGUUCAAUGUGACACAAGAGUUUCCUGAUGGCAACAACGAGCAGCAGUCCAUCCUUGUCAACCGACGUCAGAGCACAAGGAACCGGCCAUUGACCACAAAAGCAUUGGAAGCUCUUGAGUACAGAUUUAUCAACUCAAAGAGGAAAAGAAAGAACACAGAAUGUUCAGAAAAUAAUCCAAAAUCCAAAUGUGUGCGUUUAAGUAGUGGGACAAUUGUUAGUGCUACUUGUGAUAAUGGCAUUGAGGAUUCUAUGGUGGAUACAAGAGCAGAGGAGGAGAAUGUUAUCCAGGCAUAUGGUUGUGGCAUCGAUCUUAAUAGGGGCCCUCCGUAA